AUAAACCCAUCAGUCGCAGUUGACCAUUCAGUUCGUUCGGAGGUUUACGCGUUCGCGUAGUGUUUACUCCCGGUCCUAAAAUCCCACGCCAUCUGUUGUUAUUUGGCAGCCCCCCCUCUGUGCCGCACCCUCAUUGACGCGUCAAGCUGCUAAGAGUUCUACUCACCAAGGGCUAAGGGUACCUAACCGGGAUUUAAAACAAAGUUAACCAUUCUGCACAACUGCUUGCUGAACCGGCAAGAUGUCGCACUCGGUCGUCAUAACACGGACAACAACCACCACCGCCAGCGCAUCUCAUGUUGUUCUCAACACCGGCUACUUGAGAACAACACCUGGUCUACUGAAACUUGCUCAGUUGAUCAUUGGCGCUGUCAUUGUAGGUCUAGUCGCAUGGCAUCUGCGUCGCUACCAUUCCGUCUAUGCCAGCGGUAACCCGGAAUUGUUCUUCCUGUUGAUGGCGGUUUCGUUCCUUAUAGGCACAUUUUGCUUGCUGGUGUCCUGUUUGGUUUCGCUCAGCACUGGAGGAAUCAUUUCCAAAACUAUUUACGAACUAGUCUACCACACCAUUGCGUUCCUGUUGUAUCUGAUAGCGUCAAUAAUUCUGCUGGUGGACGUCACUAAUGGAAGAUAUUACUCGAAUCUCAAGGAUGCCUAUAUGGCAGCUUCUAUAAUGGGAAUCAUCGUAUCUGCACUCUACCUCUUUAGUACUUUGUUAGCUCAGCGCUCAUACCGUGGCAUCUAAGGUCUGAUUUGGCAAGAAAUUUAAACAGCGGAAAUUUAUGCAUUACCCACUUCGAAGCAUAAAGCACAGACUAACAUUUUGAAUGAAUUUUAAAAAAAAAAUAUCGUUUAGACGAUAGCAGUACUUUGCGUAAGUAACACCAGCACCAUCUAGAGCAGUUUUCGCGCCGCAUCUUAUGUUUCGACAACAGCGCCAGCGUAUGUGCGUAUACAAAACUGAGAAGCGAACCAAACGGCGUUGUCGCACGAUGACUAUCAUUUGAGAGAAAAUUUUAAACUACCGUUUUUUGAGGCGAUGAGAUUAUGCUCCGGUGUUACGCCUGUUAGUUUGUGAAAAAAAUCUUCGAAUAUGUGGUGAACUCAAUAAUUUUAACACGAAACUAGUACUUUAAUAUUCUACUAUCCGUGUAUUGCUAAAAUUAUGCAGCCGAUCUUUUAGUAGAAUAUGAUAAUUGUAGUAGCUACAUCUGGAGAGUGUCUUGGUUUUUUUUAUCAGGAUCAUUUUUCAAUUAGUAAAAACGCUGGAUUUAUGCAUAAAAUUAUAUUCAAAAGUGUCUUCUCAACGUAUUUCGCAUUACGCGAAUAGAAAAUGUGUGCCUACCAAAUAUUGUACAAAGUUUUUAAUUCUCUUUUUCAUUUUUUACCAGAACUUUGAUAAAUUAUAUUGUGACCAUGCAUUCUAACUGCCAGCGCAUUGGGAAGAAUUCCUAGUUCUUCCAGCAAUAUUCGUGAGCAUAUUAGUUUACUAGUCGGAACAAUAACUUAUAUCGAAAAAACAUAUUGAAUAAGCGUUUAAUUUUCGAACAUUUCCUGUAAACUCUUUUUUACUUAAUGCAGUGUAUUGUGAAAAUAAAUGUUUUGGUAUAUCCGA